GAGAGCUAGCUAUUGGUAUACAUCAGAGCUUAUAAUUUGUUGUAGUGGGUGAAUUUACUGAGUUGCACAGGAAAUGGAGAAGCAAUUCGCUGGUAUGAUUUUAUUUGUUUUAGCAGUGGCUCACACCUCUCUUUGUUUAGAGGAGAGAUCUGAUUUGCCAGCAUUGGUAGACGGUCUUUCCUGGACGUUUUACAACGAGAGCUGCCCCAAACUGGAAUCCAUUGUUAAAGCAACACUUCAGUCCUUGCUUAAAGACGACACUACUAAGGCGCCUGCUUUGUUAAGACUGCUUUUUCACGACUGCUUUGUGCAGGGGUGCGAUGGGUCUAUCUUGCUAAAUGGAACGGGCAGUGAGCUGGAAGACACCCCAAACUUGACAAUAAGAAAGGAGGCAUUGGAGAUUAUUCAGCUAAUAAAAGAUGCAGUUGAAGCCGAUUGCCCUGAAGUUGUCUCCUGUGCGGACAUCUUAGCAUUAGCAGGCACUUACGCAGUUUACAUGGCAGGAGGGCCAGAAUUUGCAGUACCACUUGGCAGGAGAGACAGUCUUACAUUCGCUAAUGAAAGUGUAACGGUGGACAAUCUACCUGCCCCAACAUCAAAUGUGUCAGUGUUGAUGUCUCUCUUUAGCGAAAAAGGAUUCACUGAUUUCGCUGAUCUUGUGGCUCUCUCAGGGGGUCAUACAUUUGGUAUCUCCCAUUGCUCGUCCUUCAUUGACAGACUUUACCCAACACAAGAUUCCACUCUGAAUGAAAGUUUUGCAGAGGAACUUUAUCUCACGUGCCCCUCUUCAACGGCGGUCAACACCACUGAUCUGGACAUUCGCACUCCAAAUGCAUUCGACAACAAGUAUUAUGUCGAUCUACAGAAUAAUGAAGGGCUCUUAACAUCUGACCAGAAUCUAUAUACCGAUUCGCGCACUAAGCAUCUGGUGAAACUAUUUGCAAAGAAUCAGAGCUCCUUUUAUAAGAGAUUUUUGUCUACCAUGGUGAAGAUGGUUCAGCUUGAUGUGCUGACGGGAAGAGAAGGGGAGAUUCGAAAGGUGUGCUCAGCAGUGAAUCCUACAUCGACUACAACUUACAUUGUGCAUGAACAGCGUCGAUCUUCGUCAAUAUGAUUGGGUAUUCCCACUGAAUAACACC